CACCGUUGUUAUGGGAACGGGAGCAUGAAGUAAGCAGGACUGAGUCUAUGGACACAGUGGUCGAGUCACUGGAGAGGUGACAACAUUAGGACUGACCACUGUAUGUUGUUAUCAUCUGAAGGGGAAACUAUAUAAUAAUAACAUGCAGCAAAUGCCAGUGUUACAGUCCGCAGUGGCUCCAGUGGAGGGGAGGUUACGUCGCAUUGUGCCAAGCCUGCCAGCGAUCAAGCCAGACAGGCUCAAAACAGCUAAAAUGAUGGUGGAGAAAGCAGUGAAGUUGAGGAAAGUGUUUUCAGUGCAGGGACCCUAUCCUGUGAUCCGCGCUGCCUUAUGGGCCAGAGGGUGGAUGGAACGCCGUUUGCCCUAUCCUGCCCAGAGAGCACCUCAUUGCCACGGAGAUGAGGAGGAAGGUGGUGAUGAUGGUGAUGGCGGUGCUGAUUUUACUGACAGAGUGGAUGACGGCGAGAAAGAGGAGAACGUUGAUGACAUGUAUGCCCUCAUGUCUCGUCUGGCUCGAAAUGAAACUACAUAUUUCUACUGGACAACACGCCGGGAUUACAUAGACUGCCGCUCCUUACGGCAUGACCAAAUGACCAAUCACUAUGCAAAUUCGGGAACGUUUACUACCAAGGUGGGGCUCUGUGUGAACCUGCGUAACCUUCAGUGGUUUGAUGCAGCAGAUCCUGACACCUUCUUCCCUAGAUGCUACAGGCUUGGAGCAGAGGAUGAAAAGCAUGGAUUCAUAGAGGAUUUCAGGAGGACAGCAUGCACCAGCCUGCUGCAGCAUGUGGUUGAGACAAGUAGAUGGAGGAGAAAAGGGGCAGAGGGCGAACAACAAAAUACCACAAAUGGUGUCUCUGAUGAGCUGGAUAUCUCGGAGCGUCGAUUUGUUGGUCCAGGAAUGAUCGAUCUGGCUUUAAAUGUGUGUCAAGAGUUUCUCAGUGUUUUAGAGCACGGUGACAUUGAUGUGACUGUAGAAACAUCCCCCUCCGUGGAGGAACGGCAGUGGGCAGAGUUUCUGCAAGACUACUACAUGGUUGUGCAUGAAGGUGCCUUGAUUAGGGGUAGCAGAGUGUUUGUGGAGCGCUGCCAGGCCAUGUUAAUCAGACUGCAGGAGGUAUGCCCUCAGCUGGAUACAGAUGGACUAAAAAACAUCUGGAUCAUCAAACCAGGUGCCAAGUCAAGAGGACGAGGUAUUAUGUGUCUGAAUCGCCUGGAUGAGAUUUUGGCACUCGUGGACAGCGACAGAGCCCUGACUAAAGAGAGUAAGUGGGUGGUUCAGAAAUACCUGGAACGUCCUCUGUUGGUCCAUGGCACCAAGUUUGACCUCCGCCAGUGGUUCCUCGUCACCGACUGGAACCCUCUGACUGUCUGGUUCUACAGAGAGUGCUACCUGCGGUUCUCCACUCAGCCCUACUCAACGAAAACUCUGGACAGCUCAGUCCACCUGUGCAACAACUCCAUCCAGAGGCACUUCCAGCCAUCCUGUGACCGCCACCCAGGAGUGCCUGAGGACAAUAUGUGGUCCUGCUCUCAGUUUAGGGCCUUUCUGCAGCGCCAGGGCCAUGGGGCCGAGUGGGAGUCAGUGGUGGUCCCAGGCAUGCAGCAAGCGGUGGUCCGUGCCCUGCAGACAGCCCAGGACCUGGUCGAGCCCCGCAAGGCAAGCUUUGAGCUCUAUGGAGCCGACUUUAUGCUGGGCAGAGAUCUGAGGCCCUGGCUUCUGGAGAUCAAUGCCAGUCCCACUAUGGCCUGUUCCACUGCUGUGACCGCUCGCCUCUGCCCUGCUGUGCAGCUGGACACACUGAGGGUUGUGCUUGACCGACGAACCGAUCCUAGUGCUUACACAGGAGGCUUCCAGCUAAUCUACAAACAGGCUGCUGUUGAAGUUCCUCAGUAUGUGGGAGUGAACCUGCUGGUAGAAGGAGCCCCCAUAAGGCGAUCCAGACCUCCACUCCAUAGACAAACUGUUAUUUCUAACCCAACUCCCACCACCCAGUUCCCAUCACCAGAAGAUGUUCAAACAACACAUAAACCAUCAUGUGAGAAGAUCUCCGCAGUCUCUGCUUUUCGCCGUUCAGGCAAGGAGAACCGAGCUGUUGGAGAGAAAAGUAGGCAGCUGACAUCAACAUCUCCUAAAAGGGAACGUGAGGGGAGAACAGAAGUUCUGAAUACCUCCUGUGUUGGCAGGUCCUGUUCAUCUGAACAGCCUUUGGUGGUACACACUGAACCUCAGAGGAAAGCGCGACGUUUGGGUUUGAGCCUUGGUGCCAAUGGGGCAACUCUGGUCCCAUGGAGCCUUUCCUUUUCCGUCAGUCCACCUCACAGCAUGUCAGAUUGCAAAUCUCUGCCCAACCCAGGCCAUGGCUCACACAACUCCAGAUCCUUCCUUCCUCAGACAGCUUUUGAGCCCCAACACAGGACUUCUACCCGGGUUGUUCCUUCGCUCCAGGGGCCCCUUCCUACCCUGGAGGUCUUUAGCUUGCGACCAAACAUUGUGGCUGGAACCACUGCAUGUUGUAAUCCAAAUUUGUCCUCUCAUCUCAGCGUUCACAGGCAUCAGUUGUUCCUCCGCUCUGAAAAGAAAAGUAUGGCCAAAAAUGAAAGAGAGUGGACAGGGGAACAUAAACACUAGUGGUGUUGAGUGUUAAGAAGAUGAAACGCAAACAGUAGGAAGUGCUGAAGAGGUUUUGUCAGCAACAACAUCGUUAUCAAUUUAUAUUUUAAUGGGUCACAGCCUAAUGAACAGCAUAUUGUCCAUUGCCGGUGGUUAAACAUUUAAGCUCCUAUGUGCAGAAUUUUGAUUUGAUUGUAGCAUCAAUAAAAAUAUUCUGAUCAUCAGAUUUGUAGAAACAUGA